AUGGAGGUAACCACCAGAAACGUGCAAUCUAGCACUAGCAAGAGCAAGUCCAAAGCCAUGGCCAAGAUCGUGGAGGAGGAGGAGGAGCAGGAGGAGGAGGACGACGAGGCCGAAGACCCCGGCCUAAGCUGUGGCUGCUUCUUCUGCGCCAUGAAGCAGCCGGACGCGCGGCUCCGCCGCGCCAGCGUCGCCGCCUUCUUCCGGGAGCUGCCUUACAGCGAGCACGACGAUGGCGGGGCGGUCGCCGCCGUGUGGCGCGCGGCCAUGGACGCGCCAGACGACCCGGAGCUCCCGUCGCUCGGCGCCAUCCGGUGCAUGUCCCUCCUCCUCGCACGCGCGCUCGCUGACGCGGCGUGGUGCUGCCGCGGCCAGAACGCGUGCGUGCCCUACUACGCCGCCCACGUCCUCGGCUCCUACACCAUCCGCUCCUCCGCGCACGCCGAGCUGGCCGUGGCCGCCGGCGCCGUGCGCCCCUUGCUGGCCCUCCUCGGCGGCGCCAUGACGUGGGUCGAGCGCCGCGCCGCCGCGCGCGCUCUGGGCCACCUCGCCAGCUACGACGCCACGUUCCCCGCUGUUGCCCGGUGCGCCGACGAGGCGGUGCCGCUCGCCGUGCGCGCCGCGUCCACGUGCAUCGGCGACGUGUACGCGAACUACGUCGCGCUGGCGCCGAGCAAGCGUCCUAAGUACCAGCGCGACCUCUUGACGCGCGGGCUCGCCGGUGGCAGCAUCGACGCAGCCGAGGACCGGAAGGCCGAGGAAUGGGCGAGCCAGCUCCAGUGCUGGUCGCUCUACUUCCUGAGCUGCCUCGCCUCUAGAGACCCGUCAUCUCAUGCCACGAUCUGCCAGGACCCCGGCUUCUUGAGCGAGCUGUGCCGGAUGUGGGGCGGGUUGGCCAACGGCGACUCGCCCGCCGGCGUCGGGCUGCUUCGUCUUCUCUGCCGAAGUGCCGUCGGCCGCGGCGCCAUCGCGGCGUGCCCAGACGCGCUCUCCGGCCUCUGCGACCUCGUGCGGUCGUCCGAUGACUGGCAGUACAUGGCAAUCGACUGCUUGCUCCUCCUCCUCGACGACCCCGAAACUUGGCACGCCGUCGCCGACGCUACAGCGCCGUGCCUCGUGGACCUGGCCGAGCUCCGGCGCCUUGGUCCAAGGCGACGGCUCGGCGAUGCCAUAACAAGCGCGCUGCUUCUUAACGAUGACGACGACGGCCAUUUACGUGUCCGUGCGCUAGGCACGGAAGCAAAGGAAGCAGUUGCUAGCUUGCGCGAGGUAAAGAUCGAGAGGAAGGAGAGGGAAGAGGCAAUGUCUCGGGACGAGCUGCUCGAGAGAAAGCUUCUGGCCAAGGAGAAGAAGAGACAAGGCAACGGCAUGUUCUGGCACGGCGAGGUGGACAGGGCCAUCGAGCUGUACACGGAGGCGCUGGAGCUCUGCCCGCCGAGCGGGAGGCGGGAUCGGCUAGUUCUGCACAGCAACCGCGCACAGUGCUGGCUAGCGCGGCGGGAGGCCGACGCGGCGGCGAGCGACGCGACGCGCGCGCUCUCGCUGGCGCGGCCGGCAAACGCGCACGCCAGGAGCCUGUGGCGCCGCGCGCAGGCGUAUGAUAUGAAGGGCGGCAUGGCCAGGGAGAGCCUCCUGGACUGCCUGGCCUUCGCCGGCGCGUGGAUCGACCACCGGAAGCACGGGGGACAACCCACGGCGGCGCGCGGCGCGAACAAGCAGAAGCUGCCGUACUGCGUCGCGAGGAUGAUUGGUAAGCAGAUGAGCGUGGCGGGGCUCUUCGCCGGCGUGUCGGCAGGUGGUGGCAAGGUAGGAAGGGAUGAUCGCGUAGGAAGCGAUGAUCCCAUGCCACGAUGCAGCGACGGCGACGAUGAUGGCGACGACGAGGAAGAUGACGAUGGCGACGAUUGUGAUCGUGAUGGAAGCGAGGAGGAAUUCUACGACACUGAACUGAGGUUUUGUAGAUCAGGUAGCGGUUUGCCGAUCAUGGCAGAAGAGACUUGGAGCAGCAGAUUGGCCCCAAGGAAGAAGAUGUGA